AUGACUUUGGCCCCCACUUUCCGGGAAAACGUAAAUCCUUCACAACAUCUAGUUCUCUUCUUCACUAUCCUUCUCUUCUUCACCAUCCUUCUCUUCUUCACCAUCCUUCUCUUCUUCACCAUCCUUCUCUUCUUCACCAUCCUUCUCUUCUUCACCAUCCUUCUCUUCUUCACCAUCCUUCUCUUCUUCACCAUCCUUCUCUUCUUCACCAUCCUCUCUACCAUCUCCACCAUCUCCACCAUCUCCAAAACCAUCCUCUGA